UACUGGCAAGGGAGCUGUAGCCAUCUCACCACUGAACCCAUUCCUUUCCCAAGACCAGAAAAGUGUUCCAUUAGCAGGAACCAUCUCUUACUCAGAUAAGAAUUCAAGAAGUUGACUACUACAGGAGGGGAUCUGGAAAAUGACCGGAGCAAAGAGGAAAAAGAAAAGCGCGCUGUGGGGCAAGGUGCACGCCCCCCACCGCGAGGACGUUAAACAGUGGUGGAGAAGGCGCCUACCUAUUUUGGAAUGGGCACCACAGUACAGUCUGAAGGAAAACCUGCUGCCAGACACUGUGUCUGGGCUCAUGCUGGCAGUUCAACAGGUGACACAGGGGCUCUCCUUCGCUAUUCUCUCAUCUGUGCACCCAGUGUUUGGUUUAUAUGGAUCUCUGUUUCCAGCCAUCAUUUAUGCCAUAUUCGGAAUGGGACGCCAUGUUGCUACAGGGACCUUUGCCUUGACAUCCUUGAUAUCAGCCAAUGCUGUGGAAAGGCUGGUCCCCCAGAGCAGCCGGAAUCUCACCACACAGAGCAACUCCAGCGUGCUGGGCUUAUCCGACUUCGAGCUACAGAGAAUCGGGGUGGCUGCGGCAGUUUCCUUCUUGGGAGGCGUGAUUCAGGUGGCUAUGUUUGUGCUGCAGCUGGGCAGUGCCACGUUCCUGGUUACAGAGCCUGUGAUCAGCGCGAUGACCACGGGGGCCGCCACCCAUGUUGUCACUUCACAAGUCAAGUAUCUCUUGGGAAUUAAAAUGCCAUACAUAUCUGGACCACUGGGAUUCUUUUAUAUUUAUGCCUACGUUUUCGAGAACAUCAAGUCUGUUCGGCUGGAGGCACUGCUCUUAUCCUUGCUGAGCAUUGUUGUCCUUGUUCUCGUGAAAGAGCUGAAUGAACAGUUUAAGAGGAAAAUUAGAGUUGUUCUUCCUGUCGACUUAGUUUUGAUCAUUGCUGCCUCAUUUGCUUGCUAUUGUACCAACAUGGAAAACACAUAUGGAUUAGAAGUUGUUGGACACAUUCCAAAGGGGAUUCCUCCGCCCCGUGCUCCACCGAUGAACAUCCUCAAUGCAGUGCUCACUGAAGCUUUCGGAGUUGCGCUUGUAGGCUACGUGGCCUCCCUGGCUCUUGCUCAAGGGUCUGCCAAGAAGUUCAAAUAUACAGUGGAUGACAACCAGGAAUUUUUGGCCCACGGCCUCAGCAAUGUGAUCCCUUCAUUUUUCUUCUGUAUCCCAAGUGCUGCUGCCAUGGGAAGGACGGCUGGACUGUACAGCACAGGAGCAAAGACACAGGUGGCUUGUCUAAUAUCUUGCGUUUGCGUCCUUAUAGUCAUCUACGCAGUUGGACCUUUGCUGUACUGGCUGCCCAUGUGCGUUCUUGCAAGCAUUAUUGUCGUGGGACUCAAGGGAAUGUUAAUACAGUUCCGGGAUUUAAAAAAAUACUGGAAUGUGGAUAAAAUCGAUUGGGGCAUAUGGAUCAGUACUUACAUAUUUACAAUAUGCUUUGCUGCCAAUGUGGGCUUGUUGUUCGGUGUUGUCUGCACCAUAGCCAUCGUGAUAGGACGCUUCCCAAGGGCAAAGACUUUAAGCAUAACAAACAUGAAAGAAGUGGAAGUUAAGGUGAAGACAGAAAUGCAAGAUAACACAGAGAACUGGCCUCCUUCCAAGAGGACCAAUGUCAAGGUCUUUCCAGGUAGCCUGAUGACAGGAAGUAACGUCAGGAGUCUUUCUGUGACACCCAGGAGAAUGGAAACCUUGCAACAGGUAAAAAUCAUCUCAAUAAACAACCCACUUGUUUUCCUGAACGCAAAGAAAUUUAAUACUGAUCUAAUGAAAAUCAUCCUAAAGGAAGAUGAGAGCAGCCAACCACUCGAUGAUGUCAGCAAGUGUGAACAGAACACCUUGCUCAGUCCCCUGUCCAACGGCAAUUGCAAUGAGGAAGCUUCCCAGCCCUGCCCUGCUGAGAAGUGUUCUUUGGUCCUGGAUUGCAACGGCUUGACCUUUUUUGACUACACGGGAGUCUCUACACUUGUUGAGCUUUAUCUGGAUUGCAAGAGCAGGGGUAUCGAUGUGUUCUUAGCCAACUGCACAGCAUCCUUGAUCAAAGCGAUGACAUACUGUGGAGACCUAGACACUGAGAGGCCAAUCUUUUUUGACUCAGUGCCUGCUGCAAUAAGUACCAUCCAGGCAAAUAAGAAUCUGAGCAAGGCCAGCGAUCAUAGCGAAGUCUGAGGCCCACGCGAUGAAGUACACAUCUCAUCCUCAGCAACUGCCCGGAAGGGGCUGGAUAUUGACAUUUUGCACAAAUAUUGAUUAUGGAUAUUUUCUAUGACCUCUAUACCAAUGAGAAUGAUAAGAAUUAGCAACUACAUCUCCAGUGACCAGGACUUGCUGGUCCUUUAUUUUUCUAAUCUUUCUUAAUAAACAUUUAGUUAUUUUAUAUAGGGAUCAAUAUGCAUGCAGCUUUAGUUUACUAAAUAGCAAAGAUGCAUUUAUUUCAUUUUAUGAGAGCAUUUUGUAUGGUCUUAUUUCUAUUUUGUUGUAAGCUAACAAAUGGAGAAACACUUUGAUCAGAAGUGGUUUGGACUAUUUAUAAGCCAUCUGUAAAAAAAAUAAGAUCAUGUAACUAAUACAUAAAAAGAAGUUAGCAAAUGUGCCAUUUCCCAUAGUUUUUACUCCAAAGAUAUUCAAACAUCAGUAAGAUAAAGUGUCGCCAUCUGCAGUGAAGAAUGAAAUCCACAGAAAUAAAGCCAUUGGAACAAAAGACAAACUAGAAGACAGUGACACCAAUACUCAUCCACACCAUCACUCUGGCAGUAUUCUUGUGUUCGGUGAUGCUUUGUGUGUGGCAGAAAACUGCUGUUUUAGCAAGACUGAGUUCUUGCCGUUAGUCUGCCUCGUUGUGAAUACUGGAAGCCUUUCGGGUGUCCCGUUGGAUAGCUCUCCUCUCUGCAGCGGCACACGGAAGACAUUCUGCCUGCAGCCUUAUUUUUACUGCAAUCAGAGACUAUGAGAAUCUAGCAUCUAAUAUUUUUUUCAGAUAAAGCUCUUUUAGAUGACAAAGUAUCAUGAGUUGAGUGGUUUUAUGCUGUUUUUAUACAAGAUUAUCUUUAGGAAUUGUGAAUUUUCUAUUUGAGAGACACCAAGUCAAUAAAAUUUAAUCGGUUAUUUAUCUUUACCAAGAUAGAUAGAUGGAUAGAUAGGUAGAUAGAUGGAUACAUACAUAGAUACAUGAUAG